UGCGCUGAGUUCAGAGUAAAAAACAGCAAUGAAAAGUCUCCGGGUUGAAUGGCUCUGCUUUGGACUACUAGUUUAUCAUUACAACUCGAUGACUUAUCCGUUUUAACCUCGUCAGCGGAAUUAUUUCAUUAUACUGACAGCUGAAUUUUUCGUUGCAUUGCACCUCGACAUUGAGCGAUGCAGUUGCCGGUUUUUCUUUAAACUAACACAGAACAUCACUAUCAGGACUAAACAUCAGGACUAAACUUUUAAUGUUACAGGACAUUGAGUUUGUGAAGCGUUGCGCAGCAGCACAGUGGCUCCCCCUCAGGCCAGUCGGAGUACUGCAGCAACACCCAGCCACAAAUCUGCUUCAUGGCCACAAAACCAAACCUCUGCAGAACGUAUGACUCUUACCAAAAGGUGAGAAGGUAAACUUACAAUCAGGGGUCAGUGAGGCAAUGCGAAAGACGUAUGAUAUGGAGGUCAAAGGUCACCUGAUAACAUGCUCCGAGCUGCAGGCCGCUGCGGACAGUAAGCAGCGUGCGGAGCGGAUGGUGGAGCUGCAGGAGCGCCGGAGGAGUCUGCACUCGCUGCUCAACACUCGGAUAGCAGAACUCAAACGUGUGUGUCUGCAGGAGGCGGAAUUAACAGGAGAAGUUCCUCAAGAAUAUCCUCUGGAAAGUGGAGAGAAAGUCCCUCAUGUGCGGCGCAGGGCUGGUCUGUCUCGCAGCGGGUCCAAACACAACACCAAAAAUGAGGAAGAGGACGUCUCUCAACGCAAGACAAAGAAAACUCUGUUCAGCGGCGCCCUCCGCAGACACGUCGAUUCUGAACAGCAUCCUCCACACAGCAAACGCACGGUUCAUAGAGGAUGCCACACAGAUAACACAGUGAAGACCGAGAGCAGCUCCACGUUUGUUUCAACCAAUCAGGACACUGAAGAUGCCUCUGACGGUCUGUCAGCCUCACAGCCCCGGCUGGUCUCGGGGAGCCCAGACAACAGGUUUUCUCGAAAACUCUCCCCAGUGGAGAUCUAUUACGAGAUCAAAACACGCCGCAACUCUGUGGCCAGCUCAGCCAGCCCGAGUCACUCUCUUCCAAGGAGUGUGUCGAAUCUGGAAGGUAGAAGUGUCCCGGCAACUCCACUUCUGUCCCGCAAUGGAAUAACAGGAGUGCACAUCAGGUCAGAAUCCUCUAGCGGCUCUACUGCUGUGAAGCAGUGGUCAGACAAUCCCGAGGCGUCCCAUCAGGUGCCUCUGCAGUCUCAGGAGGGGUCGUCCUCAGGGUCCUAUGAGCAAGGGCACAGACGUAGCAAUAGCUCUGAGACAUUACUCGACCGGCACGGCUCCACAGCGGAGGACGGAGGUCAAAGGUCAGGCAUGCCUGUACGGAACGGCCCGUACAAGAGCUCGGAAGCCAUCAUGGACUCGACUUUAAAACAGGUACAGCGUAGCAGUCCUGAGCGGCAGGUAAACGGGCACACUGAACUGGCACACGUUCGCUUGGCCCCAGGAGGUCGGGGAAUGAACGGAGGUGUCGGUUACAGUGAGAUCCUCAUGGAUUAUGUGUGGGGCAAGCAGCAGAAGAUGCAAGCUCAGCAACAGCAAAGACUGCAGGUGCAAAGUAAUGCAAAAACCCGGCCGUGGGCGGAUGGUCCCAAUGCUCCACCACCUCCUUACAGGAACGGCUUUGCCCAGUCUCAGCAGCUUAUCCUAGGCAACGGCCCUCCGGCCUACAGUCCUCUAAUGCUGAGAGGGAAGCCCGGCGAGCCACGGAGGGUCAAAGUGUCACGCACCAAAUCCUGCGGCCCGAUCGUUCCCUUACAGCAGCACCAGCAAGAGUCCAUCCUGCUCACUGCCUACACCGAAAACAACACCUCCAAUGCAACACAUAACCAGCAGAUCGACCACCCCCACAGGCCACCUCAUUACCCUCUCGACUCCUCCACGACCCCCGACGACCCCACACGCAGCCUGCACAAGGCCCUGGCACUGGAGGGUUUGAGAGACUGGUAUCUGCGGAAUGCGUUGGGACAGACGGCCAGCGGAGGAAAGGGCAAAGAGGGGACGCAGACCCAGCGCAGGCGUACCACGUCCUCUUUGCACAACUCACACCCCAAUCCACCGCUCAAACACCAGCCACAGUCCUUCCAAACAGACACGUCCUGUCCACACGUCCCCCAGUCAGCCACAUUUCAUGGACUCCCUCUACACGGCAGGUCGAAGGAGCUUUCUUUGUACCAAGAUACCAUUUCAUCUAACAUGCAGGACAUGACACUUAAAGAGAGCAGUAAUGACAGACCCACGCCAGGCACGCUGGUCUGACGCACAAACA